GAAUGAUCAUGGUUGAUCAUGCAUGUGCAUGCAAGGCUACUUGAGUAGUGGUACCAGGUACCAGACAUGCGUAGCCGGUACUGAUGUUUCACCUGGACUAUAUGGUGGCAUGGCAACCAGGAAGAAAACAGCACCGAUUCUACGGGCUUUAUGUUUCCAGCGUCGCCCGUAUCAUCAUGGGUUCGUCCCAUACUGCCGACAAACAAAUUUAACCCGAUGGUGUUAAAGCUAGUCGGUGGAUUUGGAUUCCGCCGAUUGGACCCCAGGAAGACAUGAACUCAUCUGCUUCUAGUCGUAACAGUAAUAUAUCCGAAGGAAACCGGACUGAUAUUGCGCUACCAUUGGCUGCUGUCAUUUCUCUGGCCAUUACUUCAUAUGUUAUCGUCGUUCUUGUCGGAAUAGCAAUACGGAAGUGGCUUCUCAGAAUUUGUUGUUCGAGCACUGAGUCAACAACAGAUUACUUCUGUGAUAUUGGUUCAUAUUGUUUUGCUUCUGAUUCAACUGCAGCGUGCUGUGGCAACUCAGGAAUCAACUGUUGCAGCUCGCCUGUGAUGAAUUGCUGCACUGCGGGCACAUCUAAUUCAUGUAUUUUCUUCAAAAGCUGCUGGGGUUCAUCGCAACCGAUCGAUUGCCAACCCUGUGACUGUUGUUGUUUCGAAAUCGCAUUUCACCUGAAAGGCCAGCGGUCGGCAGGAAGUGGUCCGUUACCGUGAGUGAUUGUUAA